AUGGACAACUCAGCAUUUGAAAUGCAUGAAGAUGCCACGCAGAAUACUUUGCCUGCGGGGAAGAUGAACACCAUCUUCAGAAUGGAAAAGAAGAGGCAGUGGUCAUUGAUGAAUAUUUUCCUGGUAUGUCUCUUGGCCUGUACCAUCACCACCGCAGUAGGAGUACUGAUACUUUCCUUGGUUUAUACUCAGAACUCUCAGCCACAUUCAGAAGUUCAUUUAGUACUCGAAGCCUGGCCUCUGCAAACAACUCCUAUAGUGCAAAAGGCUGUGGAUCCAAAAUUCCAGUUUCUUAACCAUUUACCUAAGUCCAAGGUGUUUGAAUUCCCCGGUGGUGCAAUCCAGUGGGCCCGGUAUAGGAACGAUGUCAAAGACUAUCUCAGCAUCGAAGAAGAGGCUUUCGGCAGCAGCUUGAACAGUCAGAGAUCACACAUGACUCUGGGGACCCUGAGGAUAAAAAGCAAUGGCCUCCGGGCCCCUCACUGGCACUUCAAUGCUAACGAACACGGCUAUCUUGCACAGGGGACGGCGUGGAUUGGGGUGGUUGACGAUGGUGGUGUAGUUACCACGUACAAUGUUACAGCUGGCCAAGUGAUCUUCUUCCCUCAGAAUACUCUGCACUGGAUAAAGAAUGUGGGGGACGAAGACUGCUUUUUCUUGCUCUUCUUUUCCACACAUGAUGAACUUCAGACGCUGGAUGUUGAUGAUGUGUUUUUUUCGAUGCCUGAAGACAUUGCUUCCAGGUCACUUAAGCCUGAAGGUGGAAUUAAUUUCAUUAGAACAUUCCAUAAGCAAAAAGAGGAUCAGGGGGUCAACCUUCCUCCCAACUUGGCAGAACUGGUUAUAAAUCCUAGUUAUGUCCAGUCUCCAGAUAGUCUUGUGUGGAAAUAUUUUUAUGACCUUAAAGGCUCAAAAGAAUAUAGAUUUCCAGGAGGAAUAAUACAACUGGCACAAUACUGGAAAAAUGCAAGUGAACUAAGCAGCCAUGAACAAAUUUUUAGUGAAUUCCUGAAUCAGCAUCAAAAUGCCCUCACUUUGAGUACACUCAGAAUUUAUAACAAUGGAUUACGACAGCCACAUUUUCAUUUUAAUGCAAAUGAAAUGGGAUAUGUAAUAAGUGGAUGUGCUAAGGUUGGCGUUAUUAACACUCAGGGUAUCACAGAGUUUAAUGUUCACAUUGGAGAUGUGGUAUUUUUCCCCAUGGGAACUCAGCAUUACAUUAAGAGCGCAUGUGAUGAGGAUUUGCUUCUUAUUCUUGCCUUCAGCACUGGAGACCAGUUGCAAACCCUUGACAUGGACGAUUAUCUCCAGGCCACAGCAGACCACAUCCUGGCCCAGCUUUUUUUCAAGAAGCAAAGUGAGUUUAAGAAGAUCCCCAAAUUUGAGGAGGACCAGGCAAUCAACCUGCCUUAGAUUUGCU